GUCAUAGCUGCUGCAAAAAAAGGCUUCCAGGCUGUUGGAUAUGAGUUAAAUCCGUGGCUAGUUUGGUACUCUCGAUAUCGGGCAUGGAGAGAAGGUGUACACCACAAUGCUAAAUUUUAUAUUUCUGAUUUAUGGAAGGUCAGUUUUUCUCAGUAUUCAAAUGUUGUGAUUUUCGGUGUGCCACAGAUGAUGCCUCAGCUGGAAGAGAAGCUGCAGAUGGAACUACAAGACACAGCCAGAGUUAUUGCUUGCCGCUUUCCAUUUCCACACUGGGUCCCAGACCACAUAUGCGGUGAAGGAGUGGACACUGUCUGGACAUACAACUUUAAAACAUUAAAAAAAGUGAUAGCAUCAGAUGCCCAGAAGGAAAUUUCAUCUGACGCAGCAGUUUAAAAGCAUGUUGCAUAGUUUCAUAGACCACUUCAUCAUUACAGCUUAUCAAGUUGAAGGCAUUUAAAUUAAGUUUGUGGUUGAGUUGCUGACUUUCGAUUUUUCUGUGAGCAAUAAAAAAAAAGCUCAACAAUGAUACAUAUUUCAGCAUGAUUAUAGCUGCAGGAAUUGUGAGCUUACCUUGCUGUUUGGAGACCAUGCAUUUAUUUUGAUAAGUGUAUUCAUUUACUUAGCUUUUCAACUACUCCAUCAAAUUGAAGCAUUCACUAAUUAAAUUACACCCGUGGAAUACCUUACAGACAAUGUCAAUAUUUGCAUUAAUGCAGUGACAGAAAAUCAGUAAGUCACACACAAUGUUUCCCUAAUUAUUGCUCUUAACAGAACAUAAUAUAAUUUUUGUGCAUACAAAUGGCACUGUAUAAUCUAAAGAAUAGGAUAUUGUAGAGAGCUUAUAUAUAUUUGAAAAUGUUCAUUCUCUGAGUUUGAUAUGUGAAAAAUAUUUUCUAUGUCAAUAAAAAUCUUUUUGAUUAAUA